CCAGGGAACCAGGACUCCGCCAUCUUCACAUUGCAAUAUAUCUCCUAGUAAUAGCCAGCACUCACCCAGAAGCACUGGGGGGCUUCUUUCCUAGCAAGUCCCUGUGCCAAGCGAGGGAGGGGGGAAGCCUGUGGCAAAGUGGGGGGCGAGCCAAGCCAAGCCAAAAAAAAAAGCAAAAAGCAAAAACAGCAACAAAAAAAAGCAACCAACCCAGUGGCACCUGAACUGGCGAUGAGGAGACACAGUUUGGGCUACCCCUUAAAAAAAUCCAAUUAACCCAGCAAGGGUAAUUUUUUCCUGCAAUUUUUUUCCCUCUGCGUGUGGCAAAUCCCAUUUUUGUCUACUUUUGGAAAAGCGCGUGUGUUUAUAAUCCAGUUUUUUUUAAAGAACCCUCCUGGUGGAAGAAGUGCACUUUGCUUUUUUUUAUUUUUACUCUCUCUUUUUUUUUGCUAAGCACUCUGGAAAAAUAAAAGUGUCAGUGCUUGGUGGGGUAGGGAGGGGGGAGAAGAGAAAGCGACCUCCUCUCCUGAAGUUGAAGAAAAAGACCUGGAAGCAGUGGAAAGAGGAGAAAAAAAGAGACAGUUUGGCGAAAAUAAAACCAGCCUUCCCCCCCUCCUCCAGCGAUGAUUUUUUUUUCGAAAAAUUGAAGGCAGAAUCUCAUCUUGAGUACGCCAAGGAGAAAAAACAAAACCGCCAAGAGUUUCUCUCGUUUUCCCCCCAACUUCUUUAAUUUUUUUUAAAAGAAGAAGAGAUCGGUCAAGAAGAAACAUCAAAGAAGAGGAGGAAGAAGAAGAGGAAGAAGAUCGCUCCCCCCUCCUCCAACCUAGCCCCCCUACCCAAGUCCUGCUCUCCGGGCGAUGACCAACUAAAUGCCAGGGCAAUGUCCCGUCGCAAGCAGGGGAACCCGCAGCACUUGUCACAAAGGGAAAUUAUCACGCCAGAAGCUGACCAUGUGGAAACGGCCCUCACCCACGAGGAAGAGAACCUAGCGCUAGGAGAGCCGAUUGGCCUCAACAUCGGAGCGGGUGGAGCAGACCCCGACUUAUUAACCUGUGGACAGUGUCAGAUGAACUUCCCCCUGGGAGACAUCUUGGUUUUUAUAGAGCACAAGAAGAAACAGUGCAACGGCACGGGUGGCAUCUGCUAUGAGAAGAGCCUGGAUAAGAGCAGUCCUCCCCCUUCGUCGCGCACCGAGCUCAGGAAAGUGUCAGAGCCAGUGGAAAUCGGGAUCCAAGUCACACCCGAUGAAGAAGACCGUCUUCUCACGCCUACAAAAGGAAUUUGCCCCAAGCAGGAGAACAUUGCAGGGCCGUCCAGGCCUGCAAAGCUGCUGGCGGCCUCCAUAACUGCCUCCUCCCACCCUCACACAUCAGUGAUCGCACCGCCACCUCUCCGUGCUCUGACCUCAAUCCCGCCUUGCCUUAGCCUGCCCUGCUGUGGUGCGCGCGCAGUCUCAGUUGGCGGGUCUCAGACUGAGACGUCAGGCACAUAUGGAUGUCAUUGUCAGUUGUCAGGUAAAGAUGAGCCUUCAAGCUAUAUUUGCACAACAUGCAAGCAGCCUUUUAACAGUGCUUGGUUUUUGCUUCAGCAUGCCCAGAACACACAUGGAUUCCGCAUCUACUUGGAAACAAGCCCUUCAAAUAGCUCCCUUACUCCACGCAUCACCAUCCCUCCUCCUCUGGGACCCGAGACUGUUGCACAGUCCCCGUUGAUGAAUUUCCUUGGCGACAACAACCCUUUUAGUCUCUUGCGAAUGACAGGUCCCAUUCUGCGUGAUCAUCCUGGCUUUGGUGAAGGUCGGCUUCCCAACACACCUCCCCUCUUCAGCCCACCACCUCGUCAUCAUCUGGAUCCACAUCGCCUUAGUGCCGAAGAAAUGGGGUUAGUUGCCCAGCAUCCCAGUGCCUUUGACAGAGUCAUGCGUUUAAACCCCAUGGCAAUCGAGUCCCCAGCGAUGGAUUUCUCUAGAAGGCUUCGAGAACUGGCAGGGAACAACUCCACCCCUCCACCAGUCUCUCCCAAUCGCAACAACCCUAUGCAUCGCUUGUUGAAUCCUUUCCAGCCAAGCCCUAAAUCACCUUUUCUGAGCACCCCACCAUUGCCGCCAAUGCCCCCAAGCAGCACUACGCCUCCCCAGCCUCAGGCUAAAAGUAAGUCCUGUGAAUUUUGUGGGAAAACGUUCAAGUUCCAGAGCAAUCUCAUUGUACACCGCCGUAGUCACACAGGAGAGAAGCCCUAUAAAUGCCAGCUCUGUGACCAUGCUUGUUCCCAAGCCAGCAAGUUAAAACGCCAUAUGAAAACGCAUAUGCACAAGGCUGGAUCCAUGACAGGGAGGUCAGAUGAUGGACUUUCUGCAACAAGCUCCCCUGAGCCUGGCACAAGCGAGCUCACUGGAGAAGGACUAAAGUCUAGUGAGGCAGAUUUCAGGAAUGAGAGUGAUCCUUCUCUAGGGCAUGACAAUGAAGAAGAGGAGGAGGAGGAGGAGGAGGAAGAGGAGCUGGAAAAUGAAAGUAGGCCUGAGUCAAGCUUCAGCAUGGACUCGGAGUUAAGUCGUAAUCGAGAAAAUGGCUCCAAAUCGCUGCCAGAUGAAAAAUCCCUUGUCCUAGGAAAAGUGAUAGAGAAUGUAAGCCUCGGGACCAUCCAACAGUACAAUGACAUGCUGGCUGAAAAGCAGAAAAGAGGAGGCUUCAUGAAAAGAUCUUCUGAUCAACGAGAACUCUGUCCCCGAGACCUUUGUCAGAGAGACACUGGUGAUGAAGACUCAGUAGUGGGAGAACUUGACCGUACUGAGGAAGGGACAGUCAAUGGGAGAAACUUUGGUCCAGGUGAACCCUUUCCGGGUCUGUUCCCUCGCAAGCCAACCCCUAUUACAAGCCCCAGUUUAAACAACUCAUCAAAAAGAAUAAAGAUAGAAAAAGAUUUGGACUUACCACCAGCAACAAUAAUACCCUCUGAAAAUGUUUACUCACAGUGGCUGGUAGGAUAUGCAGCAUCAAGGCACUUCAUGAAGGAUCCGUUUCUAGGAUUCACAGACUCCCGACAAUCCCCCUUUGCAACUUCUUCUGAGCACUCCUCAGAAAAUGGAAGCCUGCGUUUCUCCACUCCACCGGGUGAUAUGCUGGAUGGUGGUCUCUCAGGGCGCAGCGGGACAGCCAGCGGAGGCAGUACACCCCAUAUCAGCGGACCCGGCCCUGGUCGACCCAGUUCAAAGGAAGGACGGCGGAGCGAUACGUGCGAGUACUGUGGCAAGGUGUUUAAGAAUUGCAGCAACUUAACAGUGCAUCGCCGGAGCCACACGGGAGAGCGGCCUUACAAAUGUGAGCUCUGCAACUAUGCAUGCGCUCAGAGCAGUAAGCUGACGCGUCAUAUGAAAACGCAUGGCCAGAUAGGGAAGGAGGUAUAUCGCUGCGACAUUUGCCAGAUGCCGUUCAGUGUUUACAGCACCCUGGAGAAACACAUGAAAAAGUGGCACGGUGAACAUUUGCUGACAAAUGAUGUCAAAAUUGAGCAGGCAGAAAGAAGCUAAGCCCCCCCCCCCCAAGCGGGUUAAAAUCAGGGGUCUAGGUAACAUUUAAGUUGUACAGUUUUAACUAUUGCCAACUGAGAAAAGCUGACCUAACUUGCCUCCAUAAACAUAACUUAGCAUAACUAUGGCAGGUGCCAGAAUUCGGCACUUAAAUAUAACCUGUGUCUACAAAGUUCUAUUAAACCUGAGGAUUGGUUAAGGCAGUAAAAUUGUGAAGCCUUUUAACUGUGCAAUAAUUUCUGUAUUUAUUGGGUUAUUUUGUAAUUUUUUUUGUUUUGGCAUGUGCAGGUAUUUUUUUAAAGACUUUUUUUCUGUUUUCGAUUUUCCUUUACAUUUUUGUUGGGUAUCCCAUUCUAAUUUUCCCCGGUAGUAACCUGAGAUUAUUUGCAUUACAGGGGGAGAUGCAUAUCAAUUUAAAUUAUAAUUUUAAAAGGGCCGCUGCUUUGGUGAAGCUUACGCUAAGCAUCUGUAAUUUCUUGUGAAGAAGCCAACAUUUUAAGUAAUAAUUUUGUUCUCUUUUCUAGUUUUUUUUUUACCCUUUUGAGGUGUCCCUUUAAAAAAACAAGAAAGAAAAAAUCAUUUGGACAUUAGAGAAGAUAAAAUAUGGCGGAUAACAAUCUUAAACAUCGUAGCACUUUCUUUUGGAUUUGGAUCUAAUAUGUAGCACUGAUGCUGCCAAUAAAAACAGAGGCCUUUAAAAAGAUGUUUUACAAACUUCCAGAGUAGAUAUUAUGAGAGCUAAAACGACAUGGACACAGGUAUUUCCUGAUGGCAGCUACAUUCAUGAAAGCAAUAGCAAGAAUUGAGCAUUAUUAGUAAGAAAAUUUGCUACAGUUUCUAGUGGUAUAUUUUCACCUUUCUGCCAUUUUUUUAAAAAAUCCUUAAGAUAAUUUCAGAACCGUGACAGCUGCAUGUACAGAUUUUGGAAAACAAGACUGAAAAAAAGCUUUGCUUGUUGUUGUCACACACAUAUCAACUUAUUCAAGGUCUUGUUCACAUAAACCGUUAUAAACGCAAAAUUGUAGUUAUCAGUUGAUUACCUGGAUAUUUGAAAUGUGACUAUCCCAGAGCAAGAGCAGCAGUGACCUUUAUUGGAGUAAUUCCAAUACAUUGGGCAUUAAUUUAUGUGCACAUGCAUGCAUACGUACAUUGUUUAUUGUUCUAUCGGCCUCAAAGGGCUACAGAAUUAUUUUGAUAGAUUACUUAUCCCAAGUUGCUCUUCCUAUGUCAUAUCAGCCAAUUAGGCAAAAUUAAGAGAUAUUCAUUCUAUCACGUUAACUCUGAUCACAUAUUAAAUUGGUCCAACCUAAGGUCUGCCUAUGCUAGAUCAGAACUCUAGGGUUGCCAAGCUGUACCUGGCAACUGGCAAGAGGGUUGGGGGAGAGGACACGGGGUGUAGGAUGGCGUCUGCCACCACAUCACUUCUGGAGAAGCUGGCAGCUUCUGAUUUAUUGGACUGUCUGCAUUCAAACAAUAUAUAUAACUAGUGUUUAAUGAAACCAUGAUUUAGCCUGAUGUCAACCAGUGUGUAGUUAGCUUACUUCAGAAUUAUGAUCCUUACCUUGGUUAAGACUUCCAUACAUACCAAUUAUUUAAAUAAAUACUCUAGGGGGGAACGGUUACACUUAUAGCUAUUAGACAAUGGCUAUGUGCUAGACCAGAUGUUUUCAGGCAUUUUGACGUGAAAUAAAAUUUUGACUCAUAUAAUGUGCAAUGAACAACCCUUUUUAGAAUGCUACAUUAAGUAGUUGAUAAGUACUGGUAAGAUAACUGUUCGAUAAGGUUCGAGGAUCCCAGCCUUAAACAAGGUGCUGGAAUGAAAACGGUCACAAAUUCCUUUUGCUUUUGAAAUUCCUGAAUUUAAGUCCCAUAACAAAGUUUUUGCUGGUUUAAAAAAAAAAAAACUUAUUUGGGGGCUGAGAACUUUUUUCCCCUUUAGAAAAACUUCUUGAAAAAUUGAUAUCAUUAACUAAAAACUGAGUUAAGAGAUUUGAAAUUCUGAAUUUCCCCUGAUUGUUUAUAAAUUAAUAUUUUGGAACUCGUUCUUCGGAUCUUCUAAACACCGACCAAUGUAGUUCAGAAUUGCUGAAUAUCCCUUACUUACAUUAAAUUGAAUCUCUUACAACAGUAGCUUGCAUCCCAUAUAGCAUAAUAGGCUUUCCUUCACAGGGAGUAGCUAAAAGUCAUUUUGAAUUUUGAGUUUUAUUAAAGAUUCAGAUUACCUGUGUUAUUUCUAUUUAAAAUUGUUACCUGAUAGUCCUUUGCAUUUUGAACCUUUGUAGUUUAAUCCUAAUAACUCGCUCUUAUUUUUAUGGAAUCAUAUGCCUCUCAAUGUGUGACCAUUCCUAAGAUGGCAUGGAUAGCUGUUAGGAAAGACCAGGGCUUUUUUUCUGGGAAAAGAGGUGGUGGAACUCAGUGGGUUGCCCUCAGAGAAAAUGGUCACCAGCCAUGUGACCAUUUUCAAGAGGUUCCGGAACUCCGUUCCCCCGCGUUCCCCCUGAAAAAAAGCCCUGGGAAAGACACAAAACAGUUUUCUGCUGUUAGCUUCCAUCCUACCUAGACUCUUUCCUUUUGUGAUGGCCUCUGUUCCUACUGGUUCUAGUCGCUACAGGGAGGGCCAGUUUGGGGCUCAGGGGUUGAACACUUGGAUUUGUGGAUUUCAUUAAGAGGUCCUAUUCCCCCUCCCUCGAGUAAUUCAAACAUUGGGCACAAGUUCUCUCCUCCACUUCCCGUUUUAUUUUGAGUAUGUUGAUCAGACAGACCCUUCUGAGUUGUAGGUUUCUCUUGCUGUGUGGUGCAGCGAUGCUGAAAACCAAUGAGACUCUUGUUUGUUUUCUCUCUCAUGCACUCAGAGCAUAUUGUGGGCCUAUAUGAUCCUUCUCUUUUAAUCUGCCAGACCAGAGUAGGUGGCCUCGUCUGAAUUGCCCAGCUUUCUCCACAGCUUUGUUGCGAGGGCCCCAAAAUGUGUGUUUUUCAUGACCUCUAGAUAAAUCUUUUUAGGCCAUAGUUUGAGAACUCUCUGUUCAGUCUAUCAAGACAGGACAAUUUUAAGAAUUACACAUUUUGGUUCUGUUGACCCGCACUUUAAAAAAAAUGUGGUUUUUUUGUGUUUGCAUUUAAGACCAGUGGCUUCUGAACAAGAAAUUAUAGCAUUUUUGUCUUUGCUUGGUCCAGAGGUGGGUGAAACUGUUAAAAAGGACAUCUGAGAUUAAGUGUCAGUGUUGCUAAGCGUGGCAUUCACAAUACUGGCACUAUAAAAGAAAAAAAAAUAUUGGACAGUUUUUCUACUGCCAUUCAAUUUGAUGUGAGUGCCUUGAAACCUGAUCUUCCUAUUUGAGUCUCUUGAGACAAAUGCAAACAUUUUUGUGAAAUGAAAAGACUUUUAAAAAAAGGUAGAACAAGAAAAAAAGUAUGUUCUUUAGGGUGAAAACAAACAAAAGAGCCACAUUUACUUUAAAAAAAAUCCUGGUUGAAGAUAGUGGACAUGAAAAUGAUGUAAGACCCAAUCCAAUGAAGAUGUAUAUCCAGCACAACUUCGGACAUCCGCUUGCUGAAUUGUUUUCAGCCUCUCUCUUUUUUUUCAGGAGAACGCUGCUUAGGAAAUGGAAUGGAAAUGAUUUACUGCUGAAUUAAAACUCAAAUGACACAAAAUUGCAAGUUGUUAUCAUUGAAUGAAAAAAAAUUCAGGAACAACGGUUAAUUUUUUUUUAAAGUUAAAUUUAGUGCACUCUGUCUUAAAAUACGUUUACAGUAUUGAAUACAUACAAGGGUAAAACAUUGUGUGUAUCGUGUGUUUGAGCAAUCUCUCUUUUUCUUUUUUUCCUUCCUCAAAGUUUGCUUAAUAGGUUAUUAAAAAUGCCAUAAUGGCCAUGUGUAUAUUGUUUUCUUUUGGUGACGGGGUUUUAGUAUAUAUUAUAUAUAUUAAAAUUUCUUGAUUACUGUAAAAGUGGACCAGUAUUUGUAAUAAUGGAGAAUGCCUGGGCAUUUUACAAAACCAGAAAGAAAAAAAAAACUUUUCUCUUUUUUUCCUUGAAAAUGUUGCAGUAAAAUUUAAAUGGUGGGUCUAUAAAUUUGUUCUUGUCACUGUAACUGUAAAGUCUGAGUUUUAGUAAAUUUUUUUCAGCCUUGGGUGUUGAAUUUUUAUUUCAAGAAAAAUGUAUAGAAACUUGUAUUUGGGGAUUAAAAGGUGACUGCUACACCAUGUAGAAAAAGUAUGUAGAAAAAAAGUGCUUAAUAUUGUUAUUGCUUUGCAGAAUUUAAAAAAAAAAUCACAUUUCUGACCUGUACCUAUUUUUAUCUCUCUCCCCCUCCCGCCCUCCCUCUUCUGGAAUGGAUAUUGAUAUUGGUUGAUUCAUAUAAUGUAGGCACUUGCUGUAUUUUUACUGGAACUUGUAAUUUUUUAACUGUACGCUUGUCCUUUUAAAGGGAUUUAAUGUACUUUUUUGUUAGUGAAUUUGGAAAUAAAAAUAAAAACAAACAAACAGGCUGCCAUAAUAUAUUUUUUUAAUUUGGCAGGAUAAAAUAGUGCAAAAAAUAAUUUGUAUGUCAAGACCUUAUUGUACAGAAGGAAAAAAAAUAAAAGGGUUGUUUGACAACCUUUGAGUAAAAGAAACAAAACAAUAAUUAAUUUUUAAUUAUUAUUUGGGGGGGUUGUUAUCAGGUUUUAUUUUUGUUUUGAGGUUUUGUUCACGAUUUUAGUUGUGCGUAUGUACAUAUAUAUUUUUUUUCUCUCAGAAAUGGCCUACGGAAAAUGCGCUGUUCCUACAGGGCAGUGAUUACGUAGAAGCUGCCUGGACCCCUUGUAUCAAGGCUUUCCCAGGUAUAGUUGACCUAGGAUGGAUGGCUGUUGCCUGUUAUUGUUAAUUGAAAUUAAAUUUUUGUGAAGACGUUUGACAUUCCAUAAAUGCCCCUUUAGAGACGCAGGGAGGUGGCUUUUCUUGGCAAAUGUAAGCUUUUUAGCCCCAAGGUAGAAAACCGCAUACUUGUACCCAAAAUUCACAAUGGUACUGUUUUUGAAAGCUCUGAUCACCUAACUGAGGUGUGCAUUCAUGCCUCUGUUCACCUAACUAAUUGUGCAUUCAGUCCUCUCACCGUCACCAGACAGGUGACUAACAUUGUCAUCCUUCACGGCACCAACUACCUGUUAGGGGUAUACGAUCCUGUAAGGUUUUGUACUCCUGUACGACACUUCUUUGCUUGGGCAGAGUUUAAAUUGGAGCCCUUGCUGGACCAGGGCAUCACGCCAUUGCCAUCUUUCCCCCUGACCCCUUCACAUGAAGCAGUUUAAAAUUUUGAGGUGGGGGGCAGAAAGAGCAGUGUCCUGUUGGUACGACUGUGAAGUGAAUUGGAGUUUUAAAAAACUGGUCCAGAUGCAUUCCACUAUUUUUUCCCCUCCCUGUCAAAAUGGGACCCUGUACAGGUUUUGCCAGUCCGUGUUCUUCUGUCUGCUUUGCUGCUGUUGACUCCUAAUUGUACAUUCCAUAAAUUUCUGAAUAUUUGAAGGACUGGGAUGAAAUUCUGUGCCUUUUAGGUAGAUAAAACUUCUUCUACUUCCCCACUCCCUUUGCUUUUGGGGAGGGGGUUGAGGGGGGUCAAGGCACAAGAAAAAUCACCGGAGUAGUGACAGAACACUGAAAGGGACAAUGAUGAGGAAUUAUCUAUGUUGUGUGAAGAAAUGGCCGCUCAUGUGAAAUCCAUGGAGCCAUUCCAGUGUCAGUUGUGUAUUGUAGAACUUGGAAUAACUAUUCCCCCUUUUGGCAUUGUUCUAUCUCUUCAAAAUUUGGGAUAAUGUUACGUUAGGAUCCAGUCAUAGAGAAGCAUCAGCAAACCUAAGAUAGCAACCUCAGCUUCUUACCUCACAAUAUUGUGCACAUUUUGCUUUCCUUUAUCCUGGCAUAAACCCACGGAAUUCAGUGUUGCUGCUACAUAGGGGUAAAAUCAUCUGUAGAAUUGUGAUCCUCCUUAGAUGUCCAUUUUAUCCAAACCAAUUCAGCAGGAGAAUGAAUCCACAUUCUAGAUUGCAGUGAAUUUGCUUAAGAGCACCACACAGUUCUUUUGUGCUUGACAAAGAUUUGAACCACCAGCAGCUGUCUUAUAGUGUGACUUUAACUGCCGAGAAACCAACAUAAGUCACUUUGAAGCACAAGUGAAACUGCGAUGACCCUCCCUCCCUUCUUGCUUUUAGGAAUCCUGCUUUGCAAGGCCAUAAGCACAAUAUGGCAGGCGUACCAUAGCUAUCUCUGCUGUCAUCAUGAUUGUUACAGUGCUAAUAUCAGCAAAAUUAAUGGUGUUAUGUUAGAAUUAUUCUAGAGAGCCUGGUCCUGCUCCAGCUAAAAUCAAUGUUUGGAACAUUACUGGAGUGAUAGUCUUAAUUUUUUCCCCCAUAGGACAUAACAUUUUUUUUAAAAAAACCAGUUGCACCCUUCAGCAUUUCAUCCUAGUCCUGAUUCAAUACAGUCCAAGGUUUUGUUUUUCACAGGUAAACUCAUUUUAUGGUGCUCUUUGUAUUUUAGAACUGCAAAGCAAAGUAACGUUGAUUUCGGUUGUUUGCAUUUGUACUGGCAAGGCAAACUAUUUUUAUUACCUUUUUCUAUUAUUGUAUGAGCUUUCGUUGUUUACUUGGAGGUUUUGUCUUUUACUACAAGUUUGGAACUAUUUAUUAUUGCUUGGUAUUUGUGCUCCGCUAAAAAAAGGAAAAGGGAGCACUUUUUUUUUAUUAUUAUGGAUAAAAAAUGUUGAGAUGGCAGGAGGUCAUUUCAAUAUCAGGUAGUGAAAUAUUUAUUGUUCCUUUUAAUUCUCUGUACAAGACUUUUGGCCUCUUUUUUUCCCCGUACUGUCACAUUGUUGAGUUCAGCAUGUGUCUACCAUUUCAUUUGUACACUCGUUCAAAACAACGUUUGUUCCAGUUUCAAGUUAUAUUAAAAAAAAUAAUAAAUCGGACAUUUGACUUGAUC